GAACGAACACAGUGAAAUAACACAUUACACCAAUUUUCUUGAUCGUAUUAUGAAAGGACAAUUUGAUAAUCCCGAUAAGCACGUUGUCCGAUGGCCUAAUACAGCUUUAAAUGAAAGCAAAGCAAGAAAAUUUGAAGGUCGAGUUAAGCAACCAGAUUUUACAGUUUCUAUUGUCUCUCAACUACAAACCAGUGCUACCAUAUUUGUAGGUGGUUAUUCAACCAUCAAAAAAAGAUAA